AGCUUCAGAUCCUGCUUGUUCCGACAGCAGACUAGACCAGCUCGCCUUGGGCACUCCUGGGUUUUAGGGUUUUGGUUUUUUUCGCAGUUUGCAGCCCAGGGUUGGGGUCGAUGGCAUCUUGGUCUGCCCCCAGACUGAGCAGAGCAGUCACCCGACUCUUCUGGGUGCCAGGUCCGGGGAUCCGCGCAGCUCCCCCGGACGCCUCCCAGCCCAAACACCGUUGCUUUGGCCAGGCCCUAGGCAGGACAUUGCACGUCUCCGUGGCUGCCCACGCUGAGCACAACAAAUGGUCCAAAGUCCAGCACAUCAAGGGUCCCAAGGACUUGGAAAGGAGCCGCAUCUUCUCUAAACUCAGCCUCAGUAUCCACUUGGCUGUUAAAGAUAGAGGCCCCAACUCUGAGCUCAACAGCAACCUGGCUAACAUCUUAGACGUGUGUUGCAGCAAGCAUAUGCCUAAGUCAACGAUUGAGGCAGCUCUGAAAAUAGAGAAAACAAAGGACAUUUAUUUGCUGUAUGGGUGCCGAGGCCCUGGUGGCUCUUCUCUGCUCCUUGAGGCAUUGUCAAACAGUAGCUCCAGGUGUCAACUGGACAUAAGACAUAUCCUGAACAAGAAUGGAAGCUCCUGUUAG